CAAAUUAAAUACAUAUUAAUUUAUUUAUAUAAAACCCUUAAAUCAAAAAAUGCUAUUAAAAAGAAUAGCCCUCGUUACACGCUUUGCGCUUUCAUUGAAUCUCAACUAAUAUCGCCCUGUCAAUUGUCACAUAACUCAUUUCUAGGUUAGGUUAGGAUUGUUGCAAUCUAUUGUUUAUUUUUCAUUUAAAGUGUUAUCAAUUAAAAUGUUAGCAAAUCUUUUAAAAUCUUUGACAAGUAAACCACAAGCCCGUUAUACUUACGAACUUUGCAGACAAUUAUGCUCCCCGAGCAAUAAAGAGCAGCAGUAUGCCGAUAAAAGUAAACGGGAAGAGGAUGAUGCCUUAAAGAUUGAAGCCAAUCUAUUUGAACAGGCUUCCAUCCGAUAUGAACCGGUAACGGCGGAAGAAGUUUUACGUAAAAACGUAAAACAAAAAUUACUGAAAACCCACCAGGAGCAACAUCCAAGUCCUAAAUUUGUACAGAAAGCCCAUAAGCAGUUUGUGAAAAAAUCACGACAGGAACGUGAAUCGAAAUCCCGAUUAAUAGAUGACAAAGAAUUGGGUUUGGAGUAUUUAAAAUUAGAUCUCAAUGAUCCAAGGCUGGGCACAUUGAUGAUAUCGGCGCGAUCGAAGAAACGCCGUGACAAGGAUGGGCAAAUUGUCAUAGAAGGCAGACGUUUGAUCUUGGAAGCAUUGGAAUGCGGAUUAAAGUUGAAUGCAAUUAUUUUCAGUCAAAAAGAAGAAUUGGUCGACAUAAAGGAGCCACUGCAAAAAGCCUUGCAGCGAAAUCCCCAGUGUAAAAUCUACAAAGUACCACAUCAUGAUUUAAAAACAUGGUCCACUUUAACGACCCCACCUGGAGUUAUGACCCUAUUCCAAAGACCUUCACUGGAGUAUAUCGUAAGGAAAUCUUCGGAUAAUUCGGAUCCCCUGCCCUUGACGGUGGUUUGUGAUAAUAUUCGUGAACCAAAUAACUUGGGCAGCAUUAUUCGUACCUGUGCCGCGUUGCCAUGCUUUCAGAUUGUCGUGACAAAGGGCUGUUGUGAUCCAUGGGAAUCGAAAGCUUUACGCGGUGGUUGUGGUGGCCAUUUUCGUGUACCCAUACGUGAUGAUGUUAGCUGGGAAAAUGUACCGCUAAUGAUACCGCCCGAAAUGGCGGAAAACUCCUGUGUAUUUAUAGCCGAAAACAAUAAAGCCAAGUUAAGGGAUAACAAUGUGGAUGCUAUUGACUAUUCACAGGUUGAGAAAACCGGAGCACAUAAUGUUGUGGUAAUUGGCGGUGAAAGUCAUGGUGUGAGCAGUGAAGCAUACAGAUUUAUGUCCACGGUUGGUGAUCGAGGAAAAUGCCUUAACAUACCCUUGGCCGAGGGUUUUGAUAGUCUGAAUGUUGCCUCGGCUCUUACUCUAAUUUUAUAUGAGUUACGUAAAAACAUUCUUCAACAAGAUCAACCUAUCUCCUCUUCUACGUCAGCACAGGCUUAAUGUUUUAAUGUAUCAACACUCCAUUUUGGAUUUUUUGAGACUUGUAAUUCUUUAUUAUGAAUUUGUUGUUAAUGAGUUUCGAUUUUUCGAAAUGCUUUAAAAAUGAAAAAAAAAGCAAAAAAAAUUGAAAGGCAAGGCAAAUAAAUCAAAGCAAAGAAAACAAAAGGAAGAAAAUAAAGAAAUAAGAUUAAACAAAAAAUUAAAAAAUAACACAGUUUUUUCUUUCUUUUUUUUUCAAUGUAAACUAAAAAUUAUUAUAAA